CUGAUACACACGCGUAGUAAACUUAAAUAGUGCUGGCUAUUAAAGGCCCAUGUUAGUCCUACAACAUUCACAGUGCGAGUCUCACUACACCUAUACGGACGGUAAACGAAGGCUGUAGGACAGACUACCUCCCCCAUUCAGUAAUGUGAUACAGUACUCCUUAGGAACGGAUGUAUAAAUGGUUCCGGCAUGAACACACAACAGCGAUUUUCACUAAGUCAAUAUUGACGGUCGGUUACAGUUCUAUCGAGCGCUACAAGUUAUAAGUGUACACAGUUCGGCGUAACUGGAAUGGUAACACUCAUUGAAACAGUGGCAUUCAAGAAUAGUUAGUGAUUGCAAACUGUUUUUGAUCCCAUCGAUGAAGUGGACUUUCUAUUGAGUGAAAAAAACCCGUUCAUGGCAAUAAGAAGUAUUGAAUUCGAAUGGAUCGUUGUUAUGAGGUGACGUCAAAGGGGUUUUAAGUGGAGUUCGAUACACAGGCAUAUGUCUGCCUAUGGUACUUAAUAACCGCGAUGCCCGGAGUGGCUCAUUUACUGGCAAAAAGUAGCAACGCUACAGAGGAAACCAUGAAGAACCCCAUGCUGCUAAAUAACUUUAUGAAGGAGGGGUCCUCUCAGGAUAGUUCCUCCCCACCUCCUAUGUUGGGGCUGUUAUCGAGACUCAAGCAAGCUAAGGAAGUAAACGGCAACAGCGAUACCAGAGAACAGUCAACACGUACUAGGUCGGCUGUGAUUUCUGCGGAAACGCAGAAGUCACCUUCUCUAUCAAAUUCCUUAUUGGAUAAUUUCAAGGCAGGUCUCUCCGUUCCAAAUGACAAUAGUAAGAAAUCUAUGCCGAAAGAAAACAGUAUACUCUCUCGACUAAAGUCUUCUAAUGCCAAAGUGUUAAACGACUCUUCUAGUGAUCGUGACGCUUUAUCCUCAUCACAGUCGUCGAAACAGUUACAUUCUAAAAAACUGAAAAAGACCACAAACUUGUUCAGUAGAAGAAGCAUGACUCCAAAGAGCAAUAUGGGAGACACGGGGCGAAGUCUAGAUCAUUCAGACAGCGAGUUUCAAGAUUCAGAUUUCGAUUCGGAGGCAGGUUCUCCGGAACCUCCUCCACAGCCGUUCUGGUCCACGUUCGAGGACUCCAUUAUUAAAAUUAACGAUCAGACGGACACUAUGACACUUAAACCCAGACCGAACUUUAAGGGAAGUGAGGACUUCAAGGAUGUGAUGACGGAUAUGUUCGGUAAUACGGAAUAUGGACGGGCAAAGAGUUAUACCUUACUUAAAGAAAAAAUCAGCCGAUUAACGAAUGUGUCCGGUAUGGCAUCCAGGUUGUUUAAUAACGCCGCCAAAAAAGCGGAUGAGGAAGCUGAGGAGGAGGAGGAAGAGGAUGAACAGACACAGGAAGCAGCCAAAGCAAAGGACAUGGAAAAUAUGAGGUCAGAAUUAAAAGGAGCUAAACGAGGUUGGAAACUGUUACGUAGAGAUGUUAAAGAAACUGCUCUUGCCGAAAAUACAAAAGAAUCAAAACUUAAAUGGACGAUGGUACGUCAUCAUUUGACUUGUAUGACGGACCUAGAUAGGGCACGACAGGACCUUUAUGAGAGGUAUGGCAUGGUGCCAGUGGCCCAGGAGGACGGUUCAAUGCAGUGUAAGAACGUUAUGUGGAGUAAAAGAGCAAUUGCCAUGAACAUGACACAUCCCAGUUUUUACAAACUACCUUCUAAGUCAGAUGGUAAGAAAAAGAAAGGUCGAGUACAGAGCGCUCGUCCCGCCUCGAACACUUCUAGACCUUUGACUUCUGGCACGAGAGUGAAUGCCAGAAUAUUACCUAAUCGGCCAGCGUCGGAGAGUAGGGUCAAAAGGUGACAUGUGUGUUGGUGUGUACAAAUAUUUCAGAGAGAGGGAUGUACUGAGAUAAAUGUAUACAAACAAUGCGACGCUGUGUAAAGCAUGAUAAAUCUAAUUUGGAUGUAAACAAAGUUAAACUGUCAGAACAAUUCCAAACAAGAUAUACUGUCAAAUUGUUCCUUAAAUACGCCGUUAUGUAAGUCUUGUACACUCGAUAGUGCUCAACAUGUAUGUAUAUGUAUUUAUUUCGUACAAUUUUAUUCUAUUUAUGUUUUAAUAUUCAUGCAUCAAGUGAAAGUUCUUUUACCAUGUUAUGAGAUUAAUAACAUUUUUAAUACAGUUAUUAUCUCAUAAAUUUACAUUGUAUUAUGAUUAUUUAUGCAUUUUUUUCUAACCCCAUAAAGUAUGUAUGACACAUAAUGAACGAAUCGUAGCAGCCAGCUAUCAUAUUUCUUUUAAGUUAGUGUCUUAUAAACAAGGAAAAUAA